UAACAUGCAACCGGCUUGGGUGGCUUCUGUCAAAAUUAUCAAAAAUUUCAAACCUGCUCGUUUCCUGCUUCGAUAUCUAAUUCCAGCAUGGCUUGUUUUAACCGUUAUUUUGCUGUUCAGCCUCUAUCGCCAAUCGUCGAAAAGGGAAGAAUCAACUAUACAAGUGAAAAGCAAAUUGAACCACAGCUUCAGGUUUCUGUCAAAGACUGAAAUUUUAAGAGAACGCUUUCAGAAAGAGAACGGACUUGUGGGUGCGAUCAGGAAAAAUUCUUAUGGGACUUCUGGAACGGCGGUUUGUGUUGUAGAUCCAGCAAUGACUGAAUGUGGCGGCAGUGGGUUCUCUUCCUUUCUCCUGUUCACGUUGGAUCAUAUUAUGGUGUGUCGCGCUCUAGGAAUCAACCAGCAAACUGUGCUCUGGAGAGGUUGUAAUUCCGCUUGCGCGCGGGACCCAGCUGUAAACUCGUGGAUGUGGUAUUUCGAGCCUGUUAACGAAGGAAUGGAAUCAAAAGUUGAAAAUGUUUUUUGUCCUUUAAGCCUUAAAGAUAUUACAGAAGUCAGGUUAGAUUAUUUUAGCCACAUGGAUGAAGCUGAUUUAAGGACAACGAUCAUAGAUAAUAGUUUUAGUGAUAGAAGCGACGUUGAGGGAUAUGGUGAAAGCCGGAUCAUAACAACAGCGGAAAGAAUCCGUGUAAACAAAUUAAUUCGUCAGUAUGUUAAGCCCAAUUCUCGAGUAAAAGAGAGAGCAGACCUAUUUUAUCGUCGAAAUAUGGCGGGGUUCACUCUUUUAGGAGUUCAAGUUAGAGCAACAGAUCACUGGAUGGAAGCGAAAGAUCAUAAGCUGCCGUCCGUGAUAAGCUGGGUGGAGAGAGCACGAGAAAUUCUUGAAACUUUGCCUGAGCCAAGAAAGAUUUUCAUCGCCAGCGACAACAAUGAAGUUAUCCAAAAAUUUAUUGGUGUUUUUGGAAAAGAAACGGUUGUUUUCACAGAAGCUUUCCGAGCAAAGGAAUAUCACAGUCAGACGCCUCCGCAUGUAUUUAAAUUCAAAUACAACGCAACUCACCCGUACGAGCGAGAAAUUGGCACCCAAGUGCUGAUGGACAUUCUGCUCUUAGCCAAGUGUGACGUGUUUUUACAUGCCGAGUCCAGUGUAGCCGCUCUGGCAAGUUACUUCAACCCGCAUAUGAGAAGCUAUUUCAUGGAUGAAAAGCCUGCUAAGGAUCAAGGAACAAUUCGGCAAAGAACAAAUCUGAAUGAAGAAACAAGAAUGGAGAAACGAAAGCUAGAGGACGCUCUAGACUUAGAAGCGAUAGUAGAGUGUCUUGUCAAUCAUUCCGUUGGAAGUGCUUGUCCGAAUAUUGCCCAGGGUUUACUUGUUGACUUAUUUAAGGUUUCUCUUUAGCUCUCUCUGAGUAUUUCUCAGAACAAGAAAAAAAAUUUAUGAUUUUAAUCUUUACAAAGAUUUUGAGAUACAAAUGAGAUGGAAAGAGGAGAGCUUUAGUGUGGUCUGAGUAAUUUAACUAUAGAACCUGUUGAGGUCGACACAUUUUUCCUUAUAUUGAAAAGUUUCUUGUAGUUCCGUUUAGUUUUCAUACCAUACCAUAUAUUGAAAUAUCUUGUUUUACCAAACUGACACUGAUAUAUCAGAACGCAAAGUAUUUUCCUCAGUACCUGUAACCAAAAUUGCGCAGUACUCUGUUACGACUUAAAACCACUAGAAGCUGUGCCCUGUCGGUUGGCGCAUGUGCAUACUUGUUUUCGUCAUGCCAAUAAAGGGAGUGCCCUUUCCAUUACCGACCUUGCAGGGGAGUAGCUGGGAUUUUCAAAGGGGAGGGGAAGCUGGGGGAUACAUCAAAGUUAGAUAGGCUGCAUGCCUUGCAUGAGGUGGUUCAUAUAGCCACUCUAUCUACCUUAGUUGCCCGAGGGCCUCAGUUAUAAAGGAGCUGAUUACCAACUAAAAAUGCUCUUGAUUGUCUAACAAUCAAGAGUAGGGCACACUAACCACUUAAGUCCAGUUGUAUAAAGGUUAGGUCCAGUUGUAUAUCCAACAGAUAAAUCCCUAUCCAGCGGAUAACUGUGAAAAAAAACGUAGAGCACUAUCCACCAGAUAGAGAUUUAUCCUGUGGAUAACAUUAUCCAUGCUUUGAACCGAGGCGUGGUCACUCAAUCUAACAAUACCAUUAUACAGUUCCUCCACAUCACCUCAACUUUCACAAGUAUUUUUUGGAAAAAUGUGUUGCUUUUAUUAUAAUUAAAUCACCCCAAAAAUUUUAAUGCUUGAAUUUACUUACGUAAACAAUUAUAUACAUACACAACUGUUGUAUCAAUUUACUAUACAUCACUUAAUGGCUGCUAGCAGCAGUCUAUUAUAAAUCUGAUUCGUUUAAAUUUAUCUUGUUAUCAUAACUGUUCUCUUUAGUUAUCAAAAUUAACUGUCAUGUACAUGACCA